AUGUCGGACAUAACAAUGGCGCGGCAAGUACUGUUGUUCAUUUCGGUCUUUUCUGUAAGUUCAGUGCACACGCAGGUGAGUUAUUCGAUUUCCGAGGAAAUGGUCAAAGGCUCCUUAGUCGGCAAUAUUGCACGAGAUUUGGGUUUAGAUUUAAAGAGGCUAAAAUCGGGUAAAGCUCGUAUUUAUACUGGUGACAGCACUGAAUACAUCGAGCUGAAUAAAGAUAGGGGUGUUCUGCUCGUCAAAGAGAGGAUAGAUCGAGAAGCUCUAUGUGGACAGAUUACGCCCUGCGCACUACAUAUUCAGGUUGUCCUCGAAAACCCAAUCGAAUUUUAUCGUGUUACGGUUGAGAUAACAGAUAUAAAUGAUAAUGCGCCAGUUUUCAAGAAGAAUGAACUUAGAUUUGAAAUAAGUGAAACGGCAACAGUGGGAUCAAAAUUUGUCUUAGAUAGAGCUGUCGAUCCGGAUGUAGGAAUCAAUGAUCUUUUGAAUUAUUCUCUCAAACCAACGGACCAUUUUCAUCUCCAAUUAGAUGCCCAGGCAGAUGCCAGUAAAAAGGUAUUAAUGAUUUUGCAAAAACCUUUAGAUAGAGAAAAACAGGAGGAGAUAUCGUUACUUUUGACCGCAGUCGACGGAGGCGACCCGCAGAUGUCUGGGACUGUGCACAUACUUGUGACAGUCCUGGAUGCAAACGACAACAGCCCUGUUUUCACACAAGCUGUGUAUAAGACAUCUGUGGUCGAAAAUUCUUCGCCAGGGACAGUUAUAUCGACAGUAAAUGCCACAGACCGUGACAGAGGACUUAAUGGUGAAGUGACUUAUUCCAUAUCUAGUAGUAUGGAGGGUGUACUGGAAUUAUUCAAGAUCAACGAAAAGACUGGUGACAUUAUCUUAACUGGUGAGUUGGAUUAUGAGAGAGCAAAACAUUAUCAGAUAGAUAUUGACGCACGAGAUAAUGGGGGACUUGCUGACUCCAGCAAAGUAAUUGUGGAUAUUCUGGAUGUGAAUGAUAACCGUCCCUCAAUAAAUCUUGUGUCCAGAUCUCCAUCAGUUGCCGAGAAUUGUCCCCUUGAUACAGUAAUAGCUUUACUAAGUGUUCAUGAUCCUGAUUCUGCGGAAAACGGCGAAGUGAAAUGUACUAUAAAUGAAAACAUGCAUUUUACAAGUAAACCGACUUCUAACGGUUUCGUGAGCCUCGUCACCAACAGUAACUUAGACCGAGAGAAGGAAAGUGGGUAUGAUAUAAUUGUGGUGUGCGCUGAUGAGGGAGCACCUUCUCUCUCCAGCAGCGUCACUCUAUCGUUACAGAUAUCAGAUGUCAAUGACAACGCGCCUGUCUUUGACAGGAGCUCAUAUGAGGCCUUUAUUCAAGAAAACAACACACCGGGUUUCUCCAUUUUCAUAUUAAAAGCUAGAGACGCAGACUGGAACCAGAAUGCCCGCAUUUCUUACAUACUGGAGGACUCCAUGGUUAACGGAGUGCCAGCAGCAACAUACGUGUCCGUUAAUGCAGAUAGUGGCGUCAUCCAUGCAGUGCGCUCUUUUGACUACGAGCAGAUCAAAGACUUUCAAUUCCGGAUAAAAGCGCAAGAUGGAGGCUCCCCUCCCCUGAGUAGUAAUGUGAGCGUGAAAAUCAUGAUUCAGGAUCAGAAUGACAACGCACCUCAGAUUCUGUAUCCAGUGCAGACUGGUGGGACUGCUGUGGCUGAAAUGGUGCCACGUUCCGCAGAUGUUGGCUAUCUCGUCAGUAAAGUGGUGGCUGUUGAUGUGGACUCUGGACAGAACGCCUGGCUCUCAUAUAAACUGCUGAAAGCCACCGACAGAGCGCUGUUUGAAGUGGGCCUACAGAAUGGAGAAAUAAGAACUAUUCGCCAAGUCACUGAUAAAGAUGCUGUGAAACAAAGGCUUACUGUUGUGGUGGAGGACAAUGGCAAGCCCUCUCGUUCAGCUACAGUCAAUGUUAACGUGGUGGUAGCUGACAGUUUCCCCGAAGUACUCUCGGAGUUUACAGACUUUACGCAUGACAAGGAAUAUAACGAGAACCUGACUUUUUACCUGGUCUUGGCCUUGGCUGUAGUUUCCUUUCUCUUUAUAGUGUCCAUUAUAGCCAUACUGUCUGUGAAAUGUUAUAGAUGGAGACAAGAACGGAUGUUUUACAAAUCCAACACCAAUCUUCCAGUUAUUCCCUACUAUCCACCACUUUACGCAGACGCAGGGGUUACUGGGACUCUGCCGCACGUUUACAGUUAUGACGUUUGCAGAACGACUGACUCCAGAAAGAGCGAUUUGACUUACGUCAGACCUUGCAGUGAGAGCAUGAUUAGUUUGGAUACCAGUGGAAAACAGACACUCCCACAUACAGAGGGAGAAAAACUCACCCGUGACAUCUCUGAUCAUCAGGUGAGCUUUUCCAUUUGA